CACCCAAAUUAUACUCUACCAUUUCUGGAUCAAGAAUUUCAAGAAUAAUAAAUUAAUAAAAAGGCAUACAUUUUGUAAUAAUUUUUCAUAUUUUAUUUUAGGUAAGACCAAGUUGAGAAUUUUUACCAAAACAAUUCCACAUGGACACACUAAUUAGGUUGUGUCUGUCCUGUAUAUAAAUAACUUGAUUGCAUCUCUAGCUCUAUACUUCUUUCAAGAAUUCAUAAAAAAAAAUCAAGAAAAAUGAGUUGUUGGUCUGCUGAAAAUGCCACCAAAGCCUUUCUCAAAACCAUGAACAUGGGGAAGAGAGCUAAUGAGCCAAACGGGGCAGAGUUCAUUUCCGCGCUUGCAGCAGGAAACAAUGCACAAAUCAUGGUGGUUGCUUGUGCCAAUGUUGCAGACUCAACCACCCUAGCCUUGGUGGCUGCAGCUCAACAAACAGGGGGAAGAGUGAUCUGCAUCCUCCGGGGCAUAGAAGAAUUACAUCUCUCCAAAUUGGCUCUAGGCACGAAUUCUAGUCAACUUGAGUUUGUUGUCGUGAACUCUCAGACUCUAGAGUUGCUGCUGCCAAAUUACUACAAAGAUGCUGACUUCAUAGCUGUGGAUUGUAACAUUCAAAAUCAUGAAGAGAUACUAGGAUCGUUGCGAAAGAGCAGAAGGGAUAAAAGUACCAUUGUUUUGGGGUACAAUGCUUUUUGCAAGGAGUCAUGGAAGAGCAGCCCUUUGAGGACACAAUUGUUGCCUAUAGGAGAAGGGCUGCUGCUGACCAGAGUAGCUGCAAAGAUGAAAGUGGAUACUGAUCGUGGACACUGGAUUGUUAAAGUAGAUAAAUGUACAGGGGAAGAACAUGUAUACAGAGUAAAAUCUCCUCGAAGGAGAGUGGUUGAAGCCUAAAUCGCAUUAUACUAUAGUAGAUUGGCAUUGUAAAUAGUUACUUGAUGUAGAAUUGAACUAACAAAGGACAAAAUAUGUAUGAGGGGAAGUUUUGAUUAACCUAAAUGACAAUUUUUUCCGACA